GAAACGCGGCCGCGGUGUUACCAUUCCGCUUAACUUGGUUCCCCCCCCAAGUCACCGUUGUGACUCGCGGGGACAGUCGGUGGCUCCCGGUUUGUCACCCGCGGGGACAAUCGGUGGCUCCCGGUUUUUGAGCCCCGCGGCCACCCCCGGCCCGUACCUCAUGUGGUUUUAAAGCAGCCCCCGGUGGGGAGGUGGGGCCGGGCCGGGUCCCCGAAUCCUCCCUGGGCCGCAGGAACGGGAAGUGAGGAGCGGGAGCGGCGGGGAGGCGGCGGCGAGAGCGGGUGUUGGGACCCCCCCUGGAGCACGGGACCCCCCAGAAUUGGGUGAAAAAAGGAGGAAAAGAGUGAAAAAAGGAGGAAAAGAGUGAAAAAAGCAGCAGAGGAGCUGGAGGCCACGGGGGACAUGGCACCCCCAGAAUGUGGGGAUGGUGGAGCCGAGACCCUGCGGAAUCCCUCGGCCGCUUCCGUGGAUUCCCAGAGCGAGUCCCUGGAUGGGUUCCCCCUGAAGCACUCCAACACCCUGACCAACCGCCAGCGGGGCAACGAGGUGUCAGCUCUGCCAGCCACGCUGGACACACUGUCCAUCCACCAGCUGGCUGCCCAAGGGGAGCUCAUCCAGCUGAAGGAGCACCUGAGGAAAGGUGAGAAUUUGGUGAACAAACCUGACGAGAGAGGCUUCACCCCCCUGAUCUGGGCUGCAGCUUUUGGGGAGAUCGAGACCGUCCGGCACCUCCUGGAGUGGGGCGCCGAUCCCCACGCGCUGGCCAAGGAGAGGGAGAGCGCGCUGGCCCUGGCCAGCAUGGGCGGCUACACCGACAUCGUCACCCUGCUGCUGGACAGGGACGUGGACAUCAACACCUACGACUGGAACGGGGGCACCCCCCUGCUCUACGCCGUGCGCGGGAACCACGUCAAGUGUGUGGAGGCCCUGCUGGCCGGCGGCGCUGACCUGACGGAGGAGGCGGAUUCGGGGUACACCCCCAUGGACCUGGCCGUGGCCUUGGGACACAGGAAAGUCCAGCAGGUGAUCGAGAACCACAUCCUGAAGCUGUUCCAGAACAAGAAAAAGAGGAAGAAAUGAAGGAUCUGCUCCAGCUCUCCCCAGGCUCACCGUGGUGAAAUCCAGGAAUUUCUGCCCUCCAUGGAUCCAAGCCUCUCCUAAAAUCCAAGGACCUGAAUUCCAGCCCUGGAUGGGCUCUGCUGCUCCGUGGUUUCUGUUGGAAUUAAACUCUUAGUCGGAAUUAAAUUUGGGAGCAGCUCUGUGGAGCCCAAUCUGCUUCCUCAGCCCAUCCCAAUCCCAGUUUUUGGGGCAAACUGGGUGAAAAUUUGCCCCUCAGAAUUUUGGAAUUCCUGUCCUUCCAGGAGGAAAAAAUCCUGCAGGAUUCUGUCACUGCCAUCCCAAGGAAUUCAGGAAGGUGACAACACAGGAAAAGAAAUUUCUCCUCUUUGUCCUGAAGCCAAACCCCCGAGGGCUCAUUCAGCCAAGAAAAUCUAUUUAAGAUCUAAAAUAAUCUCUUAAAAUAUAUUUUAUUGAUCCCAUUA